UUUAAAUAAUUCGAACGUUGAAAGUCUUCGUGCGCGACCAAUCGAAAUGAGUUAUUAUUGCGGUGGUGUUAUUUUUAAAACGCGUUGCGCGAUUCGUUUCGUAACUAGUUUAUUGUAUUGUCCUGAUGAUUCAUCCUGUUGUCCUGUUUUAGGUUUCCUGCGGUUUGUACGCCUGCUACGAUCAUAUCCUUUUCGUGGUCCAUAUCGUCCUUGACGUUUCCAUGUGUUGGUGGUGGUGGUAGUGGGGGAAGGAGGAAUCACCACCGAUGUGUGUGUUAUUGUUGAUGUAGUCAUCAUCAUCUCUGCUGCUGCUGCUUCAUAUUGAUCUGAGACGUCGAGCGGGAAGCAUCAAUUAUUAUGGCGAAGCAGAGUCAGGUGAAGGCGCGCAGGAAGCUGAUCAAUCCCGUCUUCCACUUGCAGACGAAGCAGGAGGAUGACGGUCAGCUGACGACGGGGAUGAUCAAAGUCGUGCGGAAGACUGGACAGCUGAACCUCUCCGGUCGCGGCUUAGCCUCAGUUCCAAAGGGAAUGUUCAAGAUGUACGAGACGGGCGGUUCGGAGUCGGUCAAGCAUUUCGACAUGUCGAAGGGAACCGACGAUCCCUGGUGGACUUUUCAACCCUUGACCUACAUGGACAUCAGCUCCAACGUGCUCGUCGACAUUCCGCCGGAAAUCAAGAUGUUCGAAGAUCUGACGGUCCUCAACCUGCAAGACAAUUGUUUGUCGAAGUUGCCGUCGGAGAUCGGGGCGUUAACAAAGCUAACAAGACUAAACCUGAGCCAUAACAAGAUCGAGUCGCUGCCGAUGGACUUUUACAGGUUGACCGAGCUGCAGCAGCUGAACCUCUCGCAUAACUCGCUGAGCGUCGUCGACGUCGGCUUCGUCGAUCUGGUGAUGCUGCAGACGCUGGACCUCGCCCACAACCAAUUAACACAAUUACCAAGUGGUAUCGGCUAUCUAGUGCGAUUAACCGACCUUAAUCUCGCCCAUAAUCAACUGACCGAACUGCCCACGGACAUAUCUAACAUCCGAGCGCUGCUCAAGCUGGACGUGACCCACAACAAUCUGCGGAGGCUGCCCAAUCUGGGGGAACUGCGGAAGCUGCAGGUCCUCUACGCCCAACACAACGACAUCGAGGAGCUUCCGGGAUUCGAGGGUUGCGAGAAUCUGCAAGAACUCUACUUUGGCAAUAACUUUAUCAAGGACGUCGAGGCGGACUUCUGCGAGUCCAUGUCGCUGCUGAAGAUACUGGAUCUGAGGGACAACAAGAUAGAGUUUCUUCCGGAUCAAAUCGCUAUGCUUCAACACAUCAUACGCAUGGAUCUCACGAACAACGAACUCGCAAGUCUGCCGAAUUCGUUGGGUUUGCUGUCGCAUCUGCAGAAUCUGCAGAUCGAAGGGAACAAGUUCAAGCAGAUCCGACAGGAUCUGAUAAAAGGUGGCACGCUGAGGUUGCUCAAACAUCUGCGCGAUAAAAUGAUCGCAGACGAGAAGAAGUUGAACGUGAACGGAACAAACGCGAUCAAUCAGGAAGUCAGAGUGUUUCCCGAUAAGUACAUGAUGAAGAAUUCGCGGGCCUUGAAUCUGACGCAAAAGGAGUUGACGCAAGUGCCCGAGAACGUGUUCGAGGAUGCGGCCGCAGCCGAAGUGCACAUAGUCGAUAUAUCCAAGAACAAAUUGACGGAUGUUCCCAACGGUUUGAGUUGUCUUUCGGCUGAAAUAUCUGAGCUUAACAUGAGCAUAAACAGGAUCAAGGAGCUGCCCGAGUUCGUCGGAUCCUUUUCGAGGCUUCAGUACUUGGAUCUCGGAAAAAACAACUUUUCCGAUCUGCCAGCAACCUUGGGUCAGCUGAGAUACCUGCGCGAACUCGUCCUCUCCUACAACUUUUUCACCGCGAUUCCGAGCUGCGUUUACGAGCUGGAGAACUUGGAAAUCCUGCUCGUCUCCGACAACCAGAUAGCCAAGAUCGAUGCCGUCGGUCUGAAGAGGUUGAAACGUUUGGCCACCUUGGAUUUCAGCAACAAUAACAUUGAUAGCGUCCCGUUUGAAUUGGGCAACGUGAAGCAGCUGAGGUGUUUGGAGCUGAAGGGGAACAGCUUCAAGUUGCCGCGUUACGCGAUUCUGGAGCAGGGCACCGAAUCCGUGCUGUCCUAUCUGCGAGAUCGCAUCCCCACGUGAAUCCAUCGCAUCCAAAGAUAUCUACUAUACCUCAGCCGUAUUACAAUUUCGUUUUUUUUUAGUUUAGUUUAGUUCGUCUUGGCUUUGCAGUGAAUUUGUUGGAAAAGGAAUUGGUUUUUUUUUUUUUGAGAAACUAUUGUUGGUGCUGGCGCGUGAAUUGCUGUGGGGAUGGUGAGAAGAUGAUUAUGUUGUAGGAGUAGGAUGACCCAGGUGAUA